GUAAACGAUCUGUUCUUCAAUUAUGAACGUGGAGAAAAGCUCGGGUUAUGGGUACUUGCCAUUGAUUCGGGGCUUCUGCUCGGUCCAACCUUUGGUGGCUUCUUCAAUCUGCUUAGUGCCUCAUGGAUCAAUUGGUUCAACGCUAUUCUUUUCGCAUUUCUCCUGCUCCUCGAGCUCUUCUUCAUGCCCGAGACCUUGUAUCCACGUAAUCGAAUGCAGCCGGCAUCAGAGUCGUCAACAGAGACAGGAAUAGCAGCAGCAGCAGACCCCGAAAAGGCACCUCACCCAACCAUAUCCUCAUCAGAAACCGAUAUCCCCAGAACCAAGAGCCUGUUAUUCCUCAACUUUUGCCCCAUACCAGGAAUGCGCCAUCCCAAACCCUGGGACUCGGUUAUUCGAUUCUUCCUCACGUUCCGAUUCCCCCCCGUCGUCAUCGCAAUUCUUGGAUACUCAUUUCUCUGGUACUGGUGGGUGUUGUCCGUGAUUACGAUGGUACCUGCUGCGUACGCGUCGUAUAGUCCGUUAAUUCAGGGAUUGCUGUUCCUGGGGUUGUUUCUCGGGACGCUGGUAUCUGAAAUCUGCUGUUCGGGCAGGUUGAGCGACUGGCUUGUUGACUGGUUGGCAAGGAGGAAUGGGAACAUUCGCGUGGCUGAAAUGAGGCUUUGGCUGGCGUAUCCUGCUAUUUUAGUUACAGCUGUUGGCUUGAUUGUCUGGGGCAUUAGCAUCGACAAGAACUACCACUGGAUGGUUGGUCAGGUGGCUUUCUUUCUCUUCGCCGCAGGAAUUCAAGUCGGAAACACCGUGACGAGCAGCUACAUUGUUGACAGCUAUCCCCUCCAGUCCACCAGCGUCGUCACCUUUUACGCUGUGUUCCUCAACCUCAGUGCCUUUAUCAAUCCGUUCUUCAUUUCUUCCUGGCAAGCCUCGUCCGGCUGGACCUGGACGUUUACCGCACAAGCGCUGAUUGUCGCCGGGGCAGGAACACUGGUCUUUGCCCUGUUGCAAAAAUUUGGGGCGUUGAUGCGGGCAUCAGCACCGUUGCCGUCGUGGGUGAAUCCGGAGUUUGAUUCGAGUGUGUAA